AAAUGGCCUCGAAAUUCGACCAUUUUAGCGUAUAAAAACUGGAUUUUGACAGCUUUUAAAACGUUUUCAUGUGUUGAAAGUACAUUAGCUAUAUGGCAAAAGGUAGUUUGCUUCAUUGGGGUCCGUUAACGGCGCUAACAAUCAUCUUUACGUUAUUCACCGCCAGUGUCUACUCGUCGUUAGUGUGGUGGCCCCCUGUUAAUUUUAGUGGAGUCAUAAAUCUGUGUCUUCUGGCGUUUUUUCUCACGUGUAUACUGUAUAAUUUUAUCAAAGCGGCAUGGGUUGGACCUGGUUAUGUUCCUCCUAAAUGGAAACCGGAUAAUGCUGAACAUGAGAAAUUGAUGCAGUUUUGUCAAAUAUGCGAGGGAUAUAAGGCACCAAGGUCGCACCACUGUAGACAAUGCAACAGAUGUGUCAUGAAAAUGGAUCACCAUUGUCCUUGGAUAAAUCAUUGUGUUGGCCAUAAAAAUCACAAACGUUUCACAUUGUUCUUAUUCUUCGUCGUGAUUGGUUGUUCGUAUGCUGCAGUCACUCUGAUUGGCUGCACUGUUCACAUAUUCUCAAUAAGUAUAAACGUGCUUAAGGAAUCCUUGACACAAGCACUUCGUUCUUCGAAAAAUUUCAGGCAGACGCUUUCUGAAAUUGCUGAGGUUAAUCCUAUUGUAUACAGGAGGAUAAUGGAACAUCAAUUGGUACCAUUUGGAUUUUAUCAUCUUCUUGGUAUAGUAUUCUGUAUUGGGUUAGAUAUUGGUGUGACUGUUGCUGUUGGUAUAUUGCUUUAUUAUCAGGCUCGUGACAUUGUAAGAAAUGAGUCCUCUAUCGAAGCUUGGAUUGUUGAAAAGGCAACAUAUAGACGAAAGAAAAAUGUAUUUAUUUAUCCAUACAAUCUUGGUCGAUGGGAGAAUAUUAAGCAGGUAAUUCAUUUUAGAGGCGAUUUUAUUGGGGAUGGAAUCACUUGGCCUGUUGUCGACAGUUGUGAUCAGUUCACCUUGACAGUUGAACAGCUGAGGCAAAAACAAAUUAAGAAAAAUUAUGCUGCUGAAUAUAAAGCUGUAGAAGAUUACAAUGGAAAUUUUUUUGGUCUGUUUCAUGGCUGCAGGACUUGCCUGUCCUUUCCUUGGUCAUUAGAAAAAAGACUGAGGUUUAAAAAAGACCAGGAUCUACUUGUCACACGUUGGCGAAAGUAUUGGUUGUAUGGUAUGAAAGUACACAAUGAAGAGUCAGUAAAAGAUCCAGAAAAAGGCUGGUUUCCAAGAAACUGUGCUGUCUGUGUUGACGAGGAUGGUGGACUGGAAUCUAGUCAAGAAAAGCCUAAAAAUGAAUAGACCAAACAUGAUUAGGC